AUGUCCAACAAAGCCUGGCAACAUAGAUGGGCUGAUGCCAUGACGGAGCUCCUCGAGCAGAUACGAAUCGAGCACCUCCCCGCAGCUGCUGAUCGCGAGGACGCCCCCAUACUGGAUGUGGGUUUCCAGCCCACUGCUUUAGUCUAUGCGAAGUACCUCCAACUGUAUACCAAAAUUGAGGACAUAUACGACCAAAUGAUUCACCCACAGAAACGUAUCUUUAUACGGCAGGUGAUGGAAGCUAUAAUAGUGAGAGUACUCGAAUUGAAAGAACAGUUGAUAUUCUUCAACCCCCGGCACAGGAGCCGUUUUGUUGCUCUCGACGAGAUUCUCGCUGAUCUGAAAAUGAAUCCUGAAGAUCUGGACUGGAAAUUUCCGAGAUAUUUGACGAGGGACACGGAGCGAGCAGAUUGGAUAGAAAUCCGCAGUAGACGAAUCGAACAUUGGCAGAAGCAUUUUGGAGUUGACCGGAAAGUUGAUGAUUUGGAUGAUCAUUCGGAUCAAUUUCAUAUACCCUUUACGCUGGACCAGGCCAUCAGACUCAUACAGAGGAAUGAGCGGGGACGAGCGGGGAUACAGAAGGCGACGAUGAUAGGGAACUGGCGAGCGGAAGCUAUGAAGAGAGAGCGACUUGAGGCUGAGGGCGUUGACACGUUGGAUGCAACUAAGAAGUCCGUGGAGUUACUAGAAGUUCAGCGAGAAGCUGCUACUAGAAUAGCCGCCACAUGGAAAAUGAUGUUGGCUAAAAGGCAUGUACGUCGUAUGAGAGAGGAAGAGUAUGUGUUUUUGGGCAUGGUACUCCCCAGUGAGACGCCAGCAGUUGACCAUGUGGUUUUGAGUGAUGAAGUCCGACGAGAAAGAAAACAGUUGCAAGAGGACGCUGAGAAAGGGUAUGAAAUUGGCUUGGCUGAGGAGCUAGAGUGGGGCCAUCGAAAUAAGGGCGAAGAUCUCCGUAGUGAAAUGCUCGAGGAGCGCCGAGAAUGGAUUUUGGAGGUGCGCAAGCAGACGGGAGCCUUUCCAGUGGAACUGGAAGCUUUCUAUACCCGAUUUGAGGUCCCGGAUAAGGUCAGUGUUGGUGUGCAUGUCCAGGAAGAGGUUGUUGUUAAAGGAAAGAAGGAUGAGAAAAAGGCUACUCCUAAAAAGAAGGGUGGUGAUAAGAAGACCUCAAAGAAAUCAUCCGAGCCAGCAGAGCUUGUGGAAACUCAUGAUGUUGGUACUUCUGUGGUGGCUCAGAAGUUGGUCGAGCAUUUGAAGGAGUAUGCCGACACGUGGGAGACCCGAGAUGAGUCCAGCAACUACGAGCAGCAUUAUGAUGUGGAGCUUACUCGAGGUAAGGUCUUCCCUGUUGUUGAGGAGGAGGUGCAGAAAGCGGUGGAUGAGCUGAUCAAGGAAGAGUUGGCGAAUUUGAAGAAUAUGUAUGAAAAAGCUAAGAAGAAAAAAGGGAAGGGGAAGAAGGGCAAGAAAGGCAAAGGGAAAAAGGAAAAGAAGGCGAAGGUGAAGAAGUGGUGUGCAGCGGUGGGUACGGUGACACAUAGAGAGGACUGUCUGCCCGAACUUGUCCAGGAGGGAUUGAUCCGAGGUAUAGCCCCGGCGCAUCUGAAUGACUUUAUGGGAGAGUUCGCCUACCUCGGGGCGACCAUGAGACUGAGAGAGCCUGCCUGCCCACCCCCUAGUGCACAGAUGGUGAAGACGCUGCUGGUGGAACAUGUCUGCCUCCCUCUGGCCUCUACUACUAUACGACGACAGUGCAACCUGACUGCGAAGUCAAUACUAUUAUACGGUCCGAAGGGCUGCGGAAAGUCACUUUUGGCGAGGAUAAUAGCCACUGAAGUCGGCGCCACUUUCAUCGACAUCUCUCCUAAGAAGAUAGAAGGGAAAUAUACGCAACCGAAGUUCGGCCCGGCGUUGCUGGUCUAUAAGGCCUUCCUGGUUGCACAGGACAACGCUCCUGCUGUUAUCUACUGUGACGAGAUAGAUGAGGUCUUCCAAGCGGUGAAAAAAGGGAAAAAGAAGGGCAAGGCAACUGGAGGAGGGGAGAGUGAUGGAAGCCCUCGAAGUGGAGAGUUUGUGGUUACCCGUGGCAUGAUAUGGAUGAUGUCAGGCGAACCAGCGAGUCGUAUAAAGAAGGACUUCAUCGCGGCAAUAAAGCAGAUAAAGACGGGUCCUGAGAGUACAGACCAAGACAGGAUAGUCUUCAUUGGAUGCUUGUUGCUUGAGAUCGUCCUCACUAAUAAGCUAUUCUUCGAAGGUACUUCGAACCCUUUCGGAGAUGCUGUUGAUAGGAAGGAGCUCAUCAAGGCGUUCGAUGAGAAGAUUUGGGUGUCCACCCCUGAUUUCGGUACGAGAAUGAUAUUGUGGAAGUCUCUUAUGGUACCGCCCCAUGUGACCAGCAGUAGUUGUCUCAAUCUGACUAGCUUGGCUCAUAUCAGUGAAGGGUACACUACGAGGUCUAUCAAAAGAGUGGUAGAUCGAGUCCUUUCCAAACGACGGUUGUCUCGGUUGGAACAGCGGCCUUUGACACUGCAUGAGUUUAUAGAGCCGUUGUCUCGAUGUCAAUAUUCUUGGAAAGAAGAGUAUAAGAAAUUCAAGGAGUUCGAUUAUGAAGCUUCUGGCGACAAGGCACGCAACCUUCAAAUGCAGGAAGAGACCCGAAAAAUGGAGGCUGCUGCUCUCGCCGAUGAAGCGGAUAAAAAGAAGAAAAAAUAG